AUGUCUCACCUGGUAGAAAGCGAUGCUUCAGAUGAAGAUGUUCUUUAUUCAAUGAACUCUGAUACAAGUGAUGCUGAUAGCAACAAUGUCGAAGAAAGUGUCAGUGGCGAAUCUGAGCGAUCACAGGAAUCAUCAGAUGAUGAAGGAGUUACAAUGAUUGCAGCACAAUUAGAAUCGUGGUCAGGAAAAGUGCUGAAACCUAAUCUACCUUACUAUGAUGGAGAAUUAAAGUUAUCUAAUGAUCUUGAAUCGAAAAUGCCAGCGAAUCCAUCACCGAUGGAUUUUUUUCAACUGUAUUUUACACCGGAAUUGAUUGCUUACAUUGCCGAUCAAUCAAACCUGUACAGAGUUCAAGCCAAGAAAACGAAACAAAUGCUUAUGACGGAGGCUGACCUCAAUUGCUUACUCGGUUUUCUCUUCUAUUCAUCAGUAGUACCCUUACCUAACAAACGUGAUUAUUGGUCAUCAUUCUGUCGGCAACCAAUGGUUGCGGAUGUCAUUACACGCGAUCGAAUAAUGUAUUUAUUAUCAAUACUUCAUUUCCAUGAUAAUUCAAUUGAAAAACACAAGUCUGAAAAGGUUGAACCAAUCCUACGUUACUUCAAUCAACGAUGCAAACUAAUUAAUUGUCGAACCAGAGAAGAACUUGUCGAUUGA